AUGGACGUUACUUCUCAUCUUCCCCGCUCUCCUCUUUGCUGCAACUCUCAAUGACACCAACACCCCAACCUCCAAUUCCCACCAACCACCUUCUCCUUCCUCCAUAUCUCUCCAUUACCAUUACAAAGAUGCCAACAACACCUUCUCUUCCACUCCAUCCAUACCUAGCUAGGCUCGGGCUCUUUAGGGUUUUCAAACCAAAAAAGAAGAAGACGACGGAGAGGGAGAAGUUUGAUAAGGGUAACCUUAGCUAGGGAAAUUUCAUCGAGAUGAUGGAAUCUGGAGUUCCCCUCUGCCAUUCCUGCGGUGAAUCCGUCGGUUUAGCUUCCAAUGGUGAGGUUUUCGUCGCUUGCCAUGAAUGUAAUUUCCCUAUGUGCCGGUCCUGUUUCGAGUAUGAGCUCAAGGAUGGACGCAAAGUCUGCUUGAGAUGUGGAGCUCCCUAUGACGAAAACUUGGCAUUGGCUAAUGAGGAGCUGAAGACAUCAGACAAUCGUAUAACGAUGGCAUCUCAUCUCCAAAAUGAUGAGGAGGGUGGUGUCCACACAAGAAAUUUGAGCAGCCUCUCUACAUUGGAUAGUGAGUUAAAUGGUGAAUCUGGGAACCCUAUAUGGAAGAACAGGGUUGAAAGUUGGAAAGAGAAAAAGAAUAAGAAGAAAACAGCCACAAGUAAGACUAAAAAGGAAGCUGAAACUGAAAUUCCACCCGAAGUGCAGAUGGAAGAGAAACAGUCCCCAGAAGCUGUAGAAUCCUUUUCAAGAACAAUUCCAAUUCCUUCCAGCAAACUCAAGCCAUAUAGAUUUGUGAUUAUCAUGAGAUUGAUAAUUUUGGGGCUUUUCUUCCAUUACAGAGUUACAAAUCCUGUUGAUAGUGCUUAUGGUCUAUGGCUUACUUCUAUCAUAUGCGAGAUCUGGUUUGCUGUUUCUUGGGUAUUGGAUCAGUUCCCAAAAUGGUCUCCAGUCAAUAGGGAGACAUAUAUUGACAAGCUAUCCGCAAGGUAUGAAAGAGAAGGCGAACCCUCAGAGCUUGCUGCUGUUGAUUUUUUUGUUAGUACAGUUGAUCCCUUAAAAGAACCACCAUUGAUCACUGCCAAUACUGUGCUCUCAAUCCUUGCUGUGGACUAUCCUGUCGAAAAAGUGUCUUGUUAUGUGUCUGAUGACGGAUCUGCAAUGCUUACAUUCGAAGCUCUUGUGGAAACAGCUGAUUUUGCCAGGAAAUGGGUCCCAUUUUGCAAAAAGUAUUCAAUUGAACCCCGUGCACCUGAGUUUUAUUUCUCACAGAAAAUUGACUAUUUGAAGGAUAAAAUUCAACCAUCUUUUGUGAAGGAACGUAGAGCGAUGAAAAGAGAUUAUGAAGAGUACAAGGUGCGAAUAAAUGGUAUGGUUGCAAAGGCCCAGAAAACACCGGAUGAGGGCUGGACGAUGCAAGAUGGGACAACUUGGCCAGGAAACAACCCCCGUGACCACCCUGGCAUGAUUCAGGUUUUUCUUGGACACAGUGGUGCCCAUGACACAGAAGGAAAUGAACUUCCACGACUGGUUUAUGUUUCAAGAGAGAAGAGACCUGGGUACCAACACCAUAAAAAGGCUGGUGCCAUGAAUGCUCUGGUCAGAGUAUCUGCAGUUCUCACCAAUGCACCCUACAUUCUCAACCUUGACUGUGAUCACUAUGUUAACAAUAGCAAGGCAGUUCGUGAGGCAAUGUGUUUCAUGAUGGACCCACAAGUUGGUCGUGAUGUCUGCUAUGUUCAGUUUCCUCAGAGAUUCGAUGGUAUUGAUCGUAGUGAUCGAUAUGCCAACCGGAACAUUGUCUUCUUUGAUGUUAACAUGAAAGGGUUGGAUGGCAUUCAAGGGCCAGUUUAUGUGGGCACAGGUUGUGUCUUCAAUAGGCAAGCACUCUAUGGGUAUGGGCCUCCAUCCUUGCCUAGCCUUCCCAAGGCUGCUUCAUCUUGUUCGUGGUGUGGUUGUUGUUGUUGCUGCUGCCCUUCCAAGAAGAAGUCCAAAGAUAUCUCGGAGCUUUAUAGAGAUGCAAAGCGUGAAGAUCUCGAUGCUGCAAUUUUUAACCUCACAGAAAUUGAUAACUAUGACGAGUAUGAGAGGUCACUCCUGAUCUCCCAGAUGAGCUUUGAGAAGUCUUUUGGCUUGUCUACAGUGUUCAUUGAGUCUACACUUAUGGAGAAUGGAGGAGUUCCUGACUCUGCCAAUCCAUCAACAUUGAUCAUGGAAGCAAUUCAUGUCAUCAGCUGUGGUUAUGAAGAGAAAACUGAAUGGGGAAAAGAGAUUGGUUGGAUAUAUGGGUCUGUUACGGAGGAUAUCUUGAGUGGGUUUAAGAUGCACUGCCGAGGAUGGAGAUCAAUUUACUGCAUGCCCUUGAGGCCAGCAUUCAAAGGUUCAGCUCCCAUCAACUUAUCUGAUCGGCUGCACCAGGUUCUAAGGUGGGCCCUUGGAUCUAUUGAGAUAUUCUUCAGCAGACAUUGUCCCCUCUGGUAUGGAUUUGGAGGAGGCCGCCUCAGGUGGCUGCAAAGACUGGCAUAUGUAAACACCAUUGUUUACCCAUUCACUUCCCUCCCACUUAUAGCUUACUGCUCGCUGCCUGCAAUAUGUCUUCUCACCGGGAAAUUUAUCAUACCAACGCUGUCAAAUCUUGCAACCGUCUGGUUUCUUGGGCUUUUCAUCUCCAUCAUCAUGACUAGCGUGCUUGAGCUGAGGUGGAGUGGUGUUGGUAUUGAAGACUUGUGGCGCAAUGAACAAUUUUGGGUUAUUGGUGGUGUUUCAGCCCAUCUCUUUGCUGUCUUCCAAGGAUUCCUAAAGAUGGUGGCUGGCCUUGAUACCAACUUCACAGUGACAGCAAAAGCUGCUGAUGACGCAGAGUUUGGUGAGCUUUAUAUUUUCAAGUGGACAACUUUGCUGAUCCCCCCAACAACACUUCUUGUUGUCAACAUGGUGGGUAUCGUUGCUGGAUUUUCUGAUGCGCUAAACAGCGGAUAUGAAGCAUGGGGCCCACUUUUUGGCAAGGUCUUCUUUGCAUUUUGGGUGAUAUUUCAUCUUUACCCAUUCCUUAAGGGUCUCAUGGGUAGGCAGAAUCGAACCCCUACCAUUGUUGUCCUCUGGUCAGUGUUGUUGGCUUCAGUCUUCUCUCUUAUUUGGGUGAAGGUGGAUCCAUUCUUGAGCAAUACGAAUAGCAACACGAUUUCACAGAACUGCAUCUCGAUAGAUUGCUGAUUAGCCACUGAAGAAAGUUUGUUUGAUUUUUAUACCAGAGAUGUCUCAAACCUUGAUACUGCUUCUAUGGCAAUCUCUGGGAGCUGUAUAAUUAUGGGUCACAGUUGCUAUUCUUUGAAUGGUAUCCCUAAGAGAUAUCCAGUUUUCCUUUACUUUUAUCUUCAGAAGUUGUAAGCAUUUUUUUGUUUUUUGGAAGUUUGUAAGUUGGAACAUACAGUGUUUGUUCUUCUCAGUUU